AUGCUUGAAAGAGGCUGGUGGGAGAGGUUAGUUCGUGUAGUAAAGGAACUGUUGAGAAGGACACUCGGUAACGCGGUUCUUACAACCGAGGAGUUGUACACAGUAUUGUGCGACUGCGAGUCAAUAAUUAACUCUAGACCUCUUACCUAUGUGUCGGAAAAUCCGGAUGAUUUAAUCCCACUUUCCCCAGCGAUGUUUCUCAUCGAGAAUCGUAGCUUAGAUGUUCCCGAUGUUGAUUUGUGCGAUUCGAAAGGUCUUCGAAAAAGAGCUAGACAUCGCCAAAAACUACUUAAUGAUUUAAGGCAUAGAUUUAGGAAAGAAUAUUUAGGCCUUCUGUUCCAAAAUAAGAAGGAUCCAUCGUCAGAGCUACGGUUGGGUGAAAUUGUCCUAAUAGGAGAUGACAUCAAAAAACGGAUGCAUUGGCCUUUAGCUAAGGUCAUUCGACUAAUUCCUGGGAAAGAUGACAAGGUGAGAACUGUAGAACUGAAGACUCGAGCUGGUACGCUGCUUCGUCCCAUUCAGCGAGUCUUUCCAUUGGAAGUGCAGUUAACGGACAAACCCACUGAUCCCAUAAACGAUAACUCCUUUACUAAUCCUAUUUCUUCUAUUUCUAGUGAUGAGCUUCAGAUUCUAAUGAUUCUUCUAAUGACUCUAGUAACAUCCUGCAAGGUGCUAAAGUGUCAAGAUUUGGACGUGUGA